AUGACUUGUACCAACGAAGUACAAAACUCAGAAUAUUGUAGAAAUGCCAUCGACACGGCCUUAUGGGAUCUUGUUCACAAACGAGCACGCAUCACAGAAGUAUGUUCCAGUCCAUCACCACCUGAAGUCCCACAGGAGACCACCCCCGCACAGACCCCGCCCCUCUCCACCCCACCACCUCGGUCGCCCUCUGACCAUGAACUUAACGUAGAGGAAGAACUCGAGCAUUCUGAACCUUCUCUUACACCAGAAAACCUGUCUAUGAAGGAACAGAGACAGGAUGAAGUUAAAAAGGAAGAAGAUGAAAAGUGGGAAAAUCCAAAUUUCAAAUUCCGACGCUCGAAACCUGAAGGUCCAAUCGAGUCCGAAGAUCCAGCCCCUUUCCAAAAAUCACCAGUUGAUGUGCUCAUCAAAGUUUUCCCAAAACGCAGUCGUCAGGAAAUUGACGCAAUUCUUACAAGAUGUAAGGGAGACGUCGUGGCUGCGAUGGAGACCAUGCUCAACGGCCCUGAGCAAACCUACAACUUGACUCCCGAGUCUUAUAUGCAAAAUUAUCAAUCAAGAUCUGCCUUUUCUCCAUUAUCCAACCAAAGUUUCAAGUUUUCUCCUUCUAGAAGAUUCUUGACUCCACCAUACAGUGGUACCAGAUACAUGCCAACUGUCAUAAGACCUCCUCCUGAAUACUUAUCAUCAUUUCUGCCACCGUCGGAGCUGAUGUACGGCAGACAGCUCCAAGUUCCAUCUCCUGGAACUUCUCCAACAUCGGAUAAUACGAAUACCGAGGGAUUUUCAGAU